AUGUCGGCUCCGACGAUACCCAACCUCCUCUCGCUUCGAGGUUCCAGAGGAGGCCUUCGAGGUCGUGGUCGCGAACGAGGUGGCUUCCCUGAUGCACCGGGCCCAACCCACGAUGCCACCGUCCAAGGCACGGACAUAGAUGCAUCCGUCUCGCGGUUGAGCGCUGUCGACCUUGGCUACCUGGAUGACCCAUUCGCGAAGUACUUUGUCCAGACCCCGACGGUCGGCCCGCCGACGCGGAGACUGCCCAUCAUCAACCGAGGGACUUACACGCGGACCACGUCGCUGGACCGGCUGAUCACUUCCUUCCUGUCCUCGACGGGCGGCCAGAAGCGACAAAUCGUCUCUCUGGGUGCUGGCACAGACACGAGAUGUUUCCGGCUCUUGUCGCAGCCUGAGAUGUCGGGACUCAUCUACCACGAGGUGGAUUUCCCCACGAUAUCAGCCAAGAAGCUGCGAAUUGUGGGGGCAAACCCAGCUUUAAGCAAAGUCAUCACAAAUCGAGAAGCCGUGGACAACACUUGGGGUAAUCAAAAUCUUCCAAACGGUUGUGAGUAUUAUUGCCAUGGGCUGGACCUGAGAGAUCUGUUACACCCCAACACACCUGGCCUGAAGGGAAUGCGGUUCGAUGUGCCAACAUUGCUAAUUUCCGAAUGUUGUCUCUGCUACUUGGAGGCGGCGGACGCGAAGCAAGUCAUUGAGCACUUCACAACCAAGAUCGCGAGCUUGUGCAUCGUCAUAUACGAGCCCAUCAAGCCGGAUGAUUCAUUCGGUAAGCAGAUGGUGUCCAACCUGGCUGCACGUCGGAUACGCAUGCCCACAUUGCAGGUCUACAAAGAUCAGAGUCACCAGAAGGCGCGCCUUGUGGAGGCAGGCUUUGAUGUCGUGAGGAACCUGACGAUCGCCGAGGCAUGGAGGUCGUGGGUCUUGCCCGAGGAAAAGGAGCGAGUAAACGACUUGGAAGGGCUGGACGAAGUCGAGGAGUGGGGUCUCCUAGCUGGUCACUAUCUCAUGAUGUACGUCUCUGGUGAAACCGGAGAGCCAUCCGUCGAAACGACGUCCAUGAUUGAGGAGAUCGUUCGGGGUCAAGUUAUUGAAAUGCUACGCAACUGCACCGAGCUGGCAGCACGGCGGGGCGCCCGUUCCAUCACCAUCAACGACCUCAUCUUCCAGAUCCGCGACGACGCUCCCAAGGUGUCUCGCCUGCGCACCUUCCUGUCGUGGAAGGACGUGCGUAAGAGCGCACGCGACUCGGACGAGAAGGGCGGCGAGGCGGAAGUAGGCGUGGGCGACGACGCAGGGGGCGUGAUGCCAGGCGGUGGCCCCGUUGAGGAGGCGGCCAAGAAGAACAAGAAGGCCAAGGUCAAGUUGCCCUGGGAGCCUUCUUCCUUCUACAGCCAGGAGGUACCCGAGCGCGACGAUGAGGAGGACGAGGAAGAGGAGGAGAUGAACUUCAUCACCCUACAGCGCCUGCGCAAGGCCGACGAGCGCACCAAGGCCAUGACGCGUGAGGAGUACGUCACCUGGUCCGAGUACCGACAGGCUUCCUUCACCUACCGGAAGGGGAAGCGAUUCAGGGAAUGGGCCGGCUUCGGCAUUGUGACGGACAGCAAGCCGUCGGACGAUAUUGUGGAUAUCUUGGGUUUCUUGACCUUCGAAAUGGUACAGACGCUCACCGAGGAGGCGCUCAAGAUCAAGGAGCAUGAGGAUUUGGAGAGGGAACGCACGGGAGGCGAGGCCUCGGGCAACAAAAAGCGCAAGCUGGCCCAGCUUGCCGGGCUGUUCGACCCGCCUAGUGAGGGCAAGACGCCGGUGGAGUCGAGACACAUCCAGGAGGGUUUCCGGCGCCUACAGGCGAGGCCCAAGAAAUCGAGAGCCAUGCUCAACGGAUCGAGGCUGCAGCAACGCACCAACUUGAAGCUGUUCUAG